AUUUAAAAAUGUUAAUAAUAAUAUUAACGAUAAUUAUGAGUAAUAUUAGUUACUCAUAAAAUGGAGGCACAAGAAAAUAAAUAUUUAUUGUAUGAAUCCAAAGUUUUCUGAACAACUCCAAUAUGUCUAAGGAAAUGCCUAUUUUGUUCGUUUACGACACUUUACAUUGUCAAACUGAGCAUGAUGAUCCUUCGGAGGCUGUUCUUUACUUUUAUCCAAGUUGGGUCUCAGAUCAACAAAGAUUGGCACUGUGCGGUCAGUUAAUGGGGACAACUUAUUUCUUGAAAAAUGUAUUUAGUUGCCCAAACAUAAUUGAAUUGAAGAGUGGGAAAUUUGUCAUGAAACAUUUUGGAAGAUAUAUAUUGGCUGUGGGAACUGAUAGAAAUAUUGCUAAUUGGAUUCUAUUACGUCGAGCUGAGUUACUGUCUUCCCUCUUACAAUUUUAUCACUGUGAUAUUCAAGUUAUAAAAUAUCAAAUUGAAUUAACUGCUCAAACUCCAUCUGAUUCAUUUGGAAGAAGCAAGUUAUCAGAUAAAUUAUAUCAAAUUUUUGAAUCAUAUCUGUCAAUAUUGCAACAUGGGAGUAACGUUUUUCAAAAUGUUCCUGUUAUAAGACUACCUAAAAGUGGAAGCAAUGUUUUCCUAGAAGCUAUGCAUACAUUGCAAUUUUGUCAACAUCGGAAUAAUGUACUUGGAGGUGUUAUUUUAUACCACAAUAAAGUCGUGGCUACACAACUUCCUCCCAGUAUAACAAAAUAUCUAGUUCUAACAGAUCCGCACCAUAUAAAAUCUUCAGCUGAAAGGCUUGAGAUUGGAUUUCAUUUACCAGCUGAAACCCAAAUAUUAAUUGUCUAUAUUGAGCAAGAAGAAUAUAAGUAUCUCAAGAAUUUAAGUGAUAAAGCAAAAUCCUUAUCACAAACUAAACAAUUAUUACUAAACAAGGCAACUGCGAAUAAGGAUGUAACAACUAUAACUUCACUUAAGCGUGAUAAAUCUAUAAUUUUUACAUCGGUACCUGAGGAAGAUGUUGAUCAUUCUACUUGUGCAAAGUUAGAAGAUAUAGAUUCUACAAAAACUAUAUUUGAAAAUAAGACUAGUCAAAAAUACAAUCAAAAGUUCAGUCGACCUACUCAUUUACCAUUAAAAUAUAAGAAUGUAACUUCUCGAGACCUACCUGAUUCAGGAUUGGGCAUUGAUAAAACAGAUGAGGAUGAAAUGAUUCCUGAAUUCAAAGGACAAACUAGUGUAUGCUCCACUCCUAUGACAGAUUUAAAUAAGAUUUUGCAUGGACGUGCAAUGUCAAUUUGUGGUGAAAUUGAAAUUAAGGAUGUGGAAAAUAAGGAUCCAAAGCAAUUUAAUAAAGCAGAUGAAUUUGAAAAUGACUUAAGCAAGUUAAAAAUGCUGCAAGAUGGAUUUUUGAAUAUAAAUAAAUAUAAAAGAAGAAACAGUUUACCUGAUUUAAGAAAAAAGCAAAUCAUGCAUAAAGGAUUUCCAAUGCGCACUUAUGGUUUUGGUUUAAGCAAAUUUAAAUUUGAGAAUAAUGAAGAUGCUUGUGAUGAUAGUGAUGAUUCCUAUUUGAAAAGAAAUAGAACUUUAAGUGAACCUUGCUACAACAAUAUGACAUCAGAUUUUAUCCUAGAAAAUCCAAUUGAAAAACUUGAUCUAGAAGUAACAAAAAAAAUUAAUAAAGACAAACCAAAAAACGAAAUAUUAUCUAAACCAUCACCAAAAGAAGUGGAUACCAGCAUCAAAUUUUCCUCAGUUUUAGACAAGAGUAAAAUGACAUUGCCUCUGAAGUCUCACACUCCCAUAGGUCCAGGACCAGUACCAUUAACUCCUUUAAUGAGUAAAUUAAGUAUAUUAAGCGCAGUGCAAGAUUCUAUAUAUGAUUUCACACCAACUGAUGCACAAGAUAAAUCUUCUAUAUGCAAUACUCCUAUUUCAUCAGUGAUUAAUUCAGAUCUAAAUCAUUCUGAGGCUUUUGGUGGAAGAGUACGUUCUCAUUUGUUAAUAUGUGGACAACGCGAUAUGACCCUUCUCUUAAUUCUUGAAGAUGGUGCUGGAUAUAAUGAGCAGCUUAUCACAGAAAUGUGGGAAACUUGUGUAAGUCGUUUACCAAGACUUGAGUCUAAACUAAGAGAUAUUCUUGGAGCGGUUGAGCCAGAGCAAAUACCAUCUAAUAAUGAACAAGGAUAUAGUUUUAUGUGUUUGGAUUCUCAAUGGGAUGUGGUCAAUCGAGGGGGACCAUGGGAUCCUCAAGAAUUAUCAGCAUUGGGUCACAUGCACAGUGAUUUAGUAACUUCAAAAGAGAUUUCAGAAAUUAUUUUGAGGAGUGAUGAAAGUGUGCUGUUUGGAUACCAAUGUGGCAGAAGUGAGAUGUACUACCAGCAAGCAGCAGAGAAGCGUUCAGGAAUACCCCCACCAUCUGAUGGCAUGGGUUCUGUACAAAUAAGAGCUAGACGAAGAUUGGAGCGAGACCAUGCUAUUAUAUUAUUGUAAAAUUUAGAUUUAUUGAUGAGCGACUUAUAUAGGUAAGGAACAUAUAUUGCAUUUUUUCCAUUUUUUUUUUUAUGUUAAGUAGUCAGUAGAGUAGGAAUUAAAACACAUCAUUUAUUAAUUGU